AGCCCUGCGCGGCCCGCGGCUCCGGGCGGCAGCAGCUGCACAACCCCGAGCCGCAGCCCCCCCAGCCGGAGCGGGAUGUUUCAUUGUCCGGAAAUGAUGGAGCAGGAGUGACUGCGGCGGCGGUGGGACCGCGGGUGGUCGCGUGUUAGUUUGGUUGGAGAGGGGUGCAGGCUCUCUGUUACUCGGCGAGAGAGCUGGCAGAUGUCCCAAGUGAGAGAACCUCUUCCUCCGGGGCCUGGAGGGCCAGAGCAAGCUCCGACUGAAAACAGCUCUUUGAUCUCUCUCCCUCGAGGAAAAACUGACCAAGAGACUCCUGUGGCAGGAGAUAAAGACAUAAACCAGCCUUCCAGUAAUCAAAGCAUACAAGCAGAGAUACAAGAGCAGUCCAUCUGGGGAAAUUGCACUGAUGAUGACCUCAUCAGAACACAACCCCAACGUUUACCUCAACCAAAUACUUCAGCACUGGAAAGGAGUGAGGAAGAAAGUGGCAAAAUCCAAAAUGGCCAUGUGGCUCUGAGUAAUGGAAGUGGAAUUCACAGUGGGGUCAAGCAUAUGCCUGCAGACAACAGAAACCUUUCGUCUCCUGUUUCAGAGAAAAUGCACAGAAAAAUUCAGUCCACCUUGUCUGUCAACAGCAACAGCAGCAAGAAGAGUAAAAUAAGCUCUGUGUUUUCUCAAAAGCCAGGUACUUCACCAGAAGAUUGCUGUGUUCACUGUAUCCUAGCUUGCUUGUUCUGUGAGUUUCUCACCCUCUGUAACAUUGUCCUGGGACAAGCAUCGUGUGGCAUCUGCACGUCAGAAGCCUGCUGCUGCUGCUGCGGGGACGAGAUGGGGGAUGACUGUAACUGCCCUUGUGAUAUGGACUGUGGCAUAAUGGACGCCUGUUGUGAAUCUGCAGAUUGCUUGGAGAUCUGCAUGGAAUGCUGUGGGAUCUGCUUCCCAUCAUGAAAUAUAUAACCCUUUCUAUUUUAUUCUCUAUAAAACUGGAGAGCUUUUCUUUAAAUACAUUUGAAGAAAGACAAGGUAAGAUUUUCACACUUGCACUGUUAAUUCCCUUUAUAUAAAUCUUUUUUUAAAUAGCAAUCCUCAAAUCUGUAUUCUAACACAAAUUGUAUAGUUUUGUAUGUGAAACUAAAGCUACAUUCCAGCUUCCUUUUGGCUUUGCAAAUGGAAGAGUUAAUUGAAAGUGAAUUAUAGGCCUGAUACUGCAGGCCAUAUGAAGGCAAAAUUGCCAUUUGGAUUGACUGAUAGGUUUUGGUCAGAGAACAAACUGCAAGACAAAGCCUUAAGUAUUUGCCGUUACCUACUUUAAUGUUUAAACACUCAAAUGUCUCCAUGCAUAACAUGUCUUUACAGGCAUUCUGAAAAUCAGAAUGUCUCUAUUUCUCUCUCUUUGGGUUGAAAGCAACUUUGCUAUAUUGUUUUAAACUUAAUUCAAAAGCCAGCAUCAGAAAUCUACCGUUGGUUUUGCUACAGUGGUCAUGUUGGCAAUAUGUCUUUUGUUUUGAAUAUCUCAUUGAUUAGAGAGCAAUUCCUGGUGCUUUCCAUUGCUGAGCUUAUCUGACAAUCUAAAAUCAAAUAUAAAUUUUGCCCUGGACUAGAAGAGUACAGGAUUUCUUUGUCAUCAAUCAUGACAGAAUAGAGACCUUAUCAUUUUAGUUCAGUACUAUUAUUACUUGAAAUGCUUCAUCUUAGAAAGAGACUUUGGAAAUCUGUGUAGACAUUAAAUAUAUCCUUGAGUAACAAACUAACAAUACUUUAAAAAUUGGCUAUAAGAGGAAAAUUAUUAGAAGUUAACUCAAUAAUCUAAACCAGUGCAUUAAGUGGCCUGGUCAGUGUUUGUGGCCUUGGAGCCAGGGCCACAUAACUUACUAUUUAUUUUUUACAGUGUAAGAAAGAUCUACAGAGGGUAGCAGAAUUUAAACAGGGUGUAAAGAUAAAUUAAAACUGACUUGAUCAAGGAAUUUUUUCAUUAAAUGCAAAAAGCAAGUGAAAAAAUGUUUAUUCUCUGAUACAUUUAAAAUGUUAUUUUUAAAUA